GCAGGGGUGGGUUCAUGUAAAGAACCUGGAGCAUACUGGAUGGUGGCUCCUUCAACUGAACUAGAGUGAGCACAUACACUGGACACAAGAUUCUCUGUGAUUAUUUUUUAUCAGAAUCAUGGGUCAGUUAUUAUCUGAUACAUCUAACAAUGAAGACAAUGGAGAUUUGGUGUCCAGUGCCACUAAAUAUUUUAUGGAGAUUAAGGCAGAAACCAAAAUCAUUUCUCAGGAGACUAUCCAUUUAAUAGAAUUUCAUCUGAAAAAGGGAAACAUUCAAGGGGCAAACUCUGUAAUCAAUGAUGCUUUAAAAAAUAUUGAUAAUGCCCCAAUAAACGUUGCUGUGACUGGAGAGUCUGGAGCAGGGAAGUCCAGCUUCAUCAAUGCCCUGAGGGGGGUGGAACCUGAAGACCAAGAUGCAGCUGAAGAAGGGGUAACCGAGACAACUAUGAUGAGAACUCCAUACAAACACCCCAAAAUUAAAACUUUGACUUUAUGGGACCUGCCUGGCAUUGGAACUAUGAACUUUCCACCAAAAGAUUAUCUGGAGAAAGUGAAAUUCCAAGAGUAUGAUUUCUUCAUUAUUGUUUCUGCCACACGUUUUACAAAACUUGAACUAGACCUUGCCAAAGCAAUCAUAUUCAUGAAAAAAAAUUACUACUUUGUACGAACUAAGGUGGAUAAUGAUUUACAAAAUGAAAAGAAAUCCAAACCACGCACCUUUGACGGAGAAAAGACCCUGCAGCAAAUCAGAAGCUACUGUGUGAACACCUUCACUCAGAAUAACAUGGAUGAACCACAGAUUUUCCUGAUUUCUAACAGACAUUUAUCUGACUAUGAUUUUCCAAUCCUGAUGGACACUCUGAUUAAGGAUCUUCCUAAUCAAAAGCGCCACAAUUUUAUGCUUUCUUUACCUAAUAUUACAGAGGCAGCCAUUGACAGAAAGCACAAGAUUAUGCAGCAGUAUAUUUGGUUGGAAGCCUUCAAGGAUGGACUUUUGGCUACUGUUCCUGUAGUGGGCAUGAUCAGGGAUGAUGUGGAGAAGCUGAAGGAGAAGUUAAACCACUAUCGAGUCCUCUUUGGAGUGGAUGAUGAAUCCCUGCAAGUCAUGGCUAAGGAUUCUCAAGUGCCUGUUGAACAAUUAAGAAAAAUCACUAAAUCACCUUAUUUGUUAGAAACUAAGAAAGAAGAAACAUUAGGAGAAUUGUUUUUAAAAUAUUUGGAGAAAUUUGCCUCAGCUAGUGGUGGGCCCCUUGCUUUAGGUCUUUACUUUAGAAAAACCUUUUACUUACAAUUUAUUUUCCUUGACACAGUGACUGAAGAUGCCAAAGUUCUUCUACGUGUGACAUACUCAAAAAACUAG